AUGGCAAGUAGAAGUAUUUUACUUCUUGUAUUUGUUAUCAACUAUUCGUCUGGAAGCUUGGUUCCAAUUGAACGUGAAGAUGAUACAACCAUUGCUGUUCUACUAACAACUUCCAGUCCACAAACAAUUACAGUCACACCAACAAGACCUAAUACAACAAUAUGCUUUGAUAUUGUUGGCUGUUUUAAUAACAAUGACCCAUUUAAUAAUGCCAAUAAUGAAUUACCACAAUCUCCUGAUUUUAUAAAUACACAUUUUUUACUCUAUACCAGUCUUGAUGAAACAAUUCCAGAAAUUUUAAAUUAUACCGAUGAUUCAACGAUUAAAAAUUCAAAAAUAAAUCCUAGUUUACCAUUUCGAAUUAUUGUUCAUGGUUUCACUAAUAAUCGUGAUUCAGCCUGGAUUUCACCCUUGAGACAAGAACUUUUCAAAAAGGAUCCAUGCAAUGUACUCGUUGUCGACUGGGAGCAUGGUGCUAAAUUUCCCUUUUAUCAAAAUGCAGUGGCGAAUACCAGACUGGUUGGAAAACAACUUGCAUUAUUGAUAAAAAAAAUACACGAUAUAUCUGGUUUAGCGUUUGAUAAUGUUCAUUGCAUUGGACAUAGUCUCGGUUCUCACAUCUGCGGUUAUGCAUCAAAUCCUGACGAUAAUUCAAAUGAUGACACUAAAUUUGGAAGGAUAUCUGGUUUAGAUCCUGCAGGUCCAUUUUUUGAAGGAAAAAACAAAGCGGUUCGCUUAGACAAAGGCGAUGCAAAAUUUGUCGAUAGUAUUCAUACAAAUACGGAAGUUGCAUUCGGUCUUGGUCUCGGAAUGAAAGAAGCGUGCGGACACAUUGAUUUCUAUGCAAAUGGUGGCACAAGUCAACCGGGUUGUCCCUCAAUUGGUAAUUUAAUUUCAAGUGUAUUAGGUGGUCAAAGUGAAAGUGCAUAUGAGCAGAGUUCAUGUUCACAUGGUAGAGCGCAUGGUUACUUUAUUGAAUCAAUAAAUGCCAAAUGUCCUUAUACAGCUUUUCCUUGCCAUGAUUAUAAAAGUUUUAUUGAAGGAAAAUGUAUUGAUCCGCCCUGUAGUGGAACUGGUUGUGGUUAUAUGGGUUUUACAUCUCCUUUUUCAAACGGACGUGGUACUAUGUAUCUAAAUACAAGGAGCACUUAUCCAUUUUGUGGUGAGCAAUAG